AUGUCUUCCCAAAUUCAAAAUGGUUCUUCUCAUGGCUCCUCCUCCUCAUCAUCACAAGCUCCCUCCAGUCAUCAACAACAACAAUCACAACCACAACCACAACCACAACAACAACAACUGAGCAGGUACGAGUCUCAGAAACGGCGAGACUGGAACACCUUUGGUCAGUACCUGAAGAAUCAUACUCCCCCAGUUCCACUCUCUCAGUGCAACUUCAACCAUGUUCUAGAUUUCUUGCGCUACCUUGAUCAAUUUGGGAAGACCAAGAUCCACUUGCACGGUUGCAUCUUCUUUGGCCAACCUGCCCCCCCUGCACCCUGUGCCUGCCCUCUCAGGCAGGCUUGGGGUAGUCUCGAUGCCCUCAUCGGACGGCUCCGAGCCGCCUACGAAGAGCACGGCGGGUCGCCAGAGACCAACCCUUUCGGAGGCGGAGCCGUUCGGGUGUACCUGCGUGAGGUGAAGGAUUGCCAGGCAAAAGCAAGAGGGAUCCUAUAUAAGAAGAGGAAGAAGAAGAAAAGGAACCAAAUUAAGAUGACUCAAGGUGCAAAAGCUUUCAAGGAAGAACAAGCUUCUUGA